ACUGACAUUUGAAAGAAAGGUUAUUUUGAGUUGGUUAGGUCUUUAAAUAUUUUAUUAUAAGUUAAAAUGAGCCUUUUUAUGGAUAUUUAUCACAAGACUUUACAAGAAAAUGAGAAAAAACUGCGUUUCUGGGAAGAUUAUCUACAAAAUCUGAAGUCAUUGGAUUUUAAUGUUUUCUGUGAUAAACUGAAAGUGCCGGUACUUGUACCAAUUGGAAGCAGAAUUCUGUUUAGAGGAGAGUUGAAGCAUACUAAUGAAGUGACUGUGGCUUUGGGGGCAGACUACUUCAUUAAGUGCUCCUUGAAGCAGGCUGAAGUACUAAGGCAACAUAGGAUAAAAGGUGCUGAAUCAAAAUUAGAAACAUUUAGAACAGAAAGAGAAUAUCUCGAAAACCAACUAACAUUUAGAAAGCAACGUGUUCUUGACAACCAAGGCCAAGAAAUUAUUGAAGUCCACACAGAAGAAGAAGACAGAGUUUGGAGAGAGUUACAUAGAGAAAAGAUUAGACAAUGGAAGCAGAAAGGCGAAGAUAUGAAUGUCCAAGAAGAACUCACAGAUGAAGAACUAUGGAAUAGAUUAGAAGAACUUGAACUUCAAGAAGAACUUGAAAAUGAACUUAUGCAAGAAGAAAACGAAGAAAGCUAUGAAGUACAUAAAGACAAAAUAACAGAUAAAAAGGAAGAAAUAUUAUUUGAGGCUAAGAAAGAAAAAGAACAAAAUAAUGAAAAGACAGUAGACAAAACAAACAAAAAAAUGGAAUUCAAAGAAACAGCAGACACAAAAGUAACAGAAAAAUAUGAAUUAUUACAAAAAGUGUUAGAGAAACAAAACAAUUUAGAAGAAAAGUUAAUGGAGCUUAGAAAUAAGGAUAGAAAUAAAAGUAAAACUGAAGCAGAUUUAAUUUCUAAGCUUGAUGAGAUGGAAGCACUUGAUGAACUCCAAGAUGAAAUGGACAGGCUAGAAGAUAUUAUAGAUACAGAAGAUGUAGAAACAGAAGAAGAAGAAGAUGAUGAUAAUGAAGAAGAAGAAAGUACAAGUACAUCACACUCAACAGACUCCAAGAGAAAAGUUUAUUUUGCUGAUGAAGACGACAGUGAAACAUUAGAACUCGCCUUCCAUCACAGUGAUGCUGAACCCAAUAAGGAGCCUUACAACUCGAAGGAAGGGAUCACAAAACCUAGCGACAUUUAUGAAGCUUACUCUAAUCUAUUCACUGAAACCAUAUCUAUACUGAAGAAAUCAAAGUAUGAAGAAAAAGAUCUAGACGCUAAAAUUGCAAAACAACAGCCCAAACAUGAAAAGAAAAAAGUUGAUUGGCCUAUAGAGGAUAUCACUAGAACAAUAGUGGUAAAUGAUGUGGUAGAAAAAGCGGAUAUCAGUGAAAGUUCGAAUAAUAAUAAAACUGAGAAGAGACCUGUCAGUUUAUUUAAACAAUUAAGGCAACAAAAGAAAUCUUAAAUAAAUAUUUUUUUAUUGU